GUUCGAGACAAUGGGGGUGUCGAUGGUGCUGGUGGGGGAGACCCUGAUGCGGGCGGAGGAUCCCGCAAAAGCGAUCCGCACACUCCUGGGGGAGGAAGAGCCAACACCGGUGUCGGAGCAACGCCUGGUGAAGGUGUGCGGCGUGACCAACGUGGAGGACGCCUCGACGAUCGCCACCGCCGGCGCCAACCUCAUCGGCGUCAUCUUCGCGGAAGGUUCCCCCCGCAGAGUCACCGAAAAGCGCGCCCGCGACAUCGUCAAAACCGUGCAGGCGUUCGGAGAGCGAAAUUCUCCCAAGCACAUUGAGCCACCCCCGCAGGUGGGAGGGAGAGAGGAAUGGCGGGAGGGAGGGAGGGAGGGAGGGAGGGGUGGAGGGAGGGAGGGAGAGGGAAGAGACAAGUUGUUGGGUUAGCUAUUUCCAUGUUUUGGCUCCUCUUGUGUGUUUUGCUGCGAUCAUAUGCACAUGACAAAUUUAGUCGAAGUAGACAACACGCGCCACGAGAGCUAUUAGUUCCUUUCUCGGCCGAGCGUAAGGAUUGAAGACACUGACACGUGCACCCCAUUGUGUAAGACUCAAAACAAUAUUUGCUUGUUUUUUGUUGUUCCAGCUCGAGUUUGUUGGCAUUCUUCGUUUUUUUAUGUUUUUGUGCCGUGUUUGGUGCGGAUGUGUUUUCUUUUGUGGUGUUGUUUUCCCGGCGUGAUGCGUAAGCUGACGAUUCGCGAGUAUUCCGCGGCCUCUUUUCGCUCUUGUGUUUUUGCUGCGAUCAUAUACAAUGUGCCGUAUUUAGGGUGUUUCCCAAGCAGACCAACACGCGCCGGAGAGCUAUUAGGAGUAUUAUUGUUCCCUUCUCGGCCGAGCGUAAAGAUUGGAUGAAGCACU